AUGCCUAAAUUUCGUGCAAUGGGCUUUACAAGUGCUUAUAAUUAUUUAGAAGUUCGUUUUGAUCGAUCAGUACGAAUGGCUGCUUCGUUGAUGUUUUCUUUAUACAUGCUAAUUUAUAUGGCACUUGUGUUAUAUGCUCCUGCAUUAGCACUGAGUCAAACUACGGGACUAAAUAUUUGGCUUUCGGUCAUUUCAAUUGGUGUUAUUUGCACAUUUUAUUCAUCCAUAGGUGGUAUGAAAGCAGUUAUUUGGACAGAUGUUCUGCAAGCGGUCAUCAUGUUUGUUGGUAUGCUUGCUGCAAUAAUUCAAGGUUUAAUUGUUCUUGGUGGUUUGAAACGAACAUUUUCCUUAGCUUAUCAAGGUGGUCGUAUUGAAUUAAAUAAUGUAAGUUUGGAUCCACGUACACGUCAUACAGUUUGGUCGCUUCUUAUUGGUAGUUCUUUUAAUGCUUUGAACCUCUACGGUUUCAAUCAAACACAAAUACAACGAUAUAUGUGUGUAAAAUCAACACGAGCAGCUCAACAUGCUCUAUUCAUUAAUGCCGUUGGCGUAGCUUGUAUUAUUAUACUUUCGGGAAUAAUGGGACUAGUUAUCUAUGCAUAUUAUGUUGGUUGUGAUCCAUACAUGGCCGGAUAUAUAAAUGAUAGAGAUCAAACAUUUCCUUAUUUCGUUAUGGAAGUUUUAGGUAGUAAAAAAGGUUUACCUGGCAUUUUUCUUGCAUGUAUUUUUUCUGGUUCAUUAUCAACAAUUUCGUCUGGACUUAAUAGUUUGACAGCAGUUCUCAUUGAAGAUAUUUACAAGGGUUUAUUACGACGACAAAUGACUGAUGAAAGACAAGGAUUUAUAUCUAAAAUUUUUUCAGUUAUACUCGGUGCUGUUGUAAUAGCACUUACGUACAUAGUGAGUAAUUUAGGUUCAAUAAUUAAUGCAGCAAUAUCAUUAUCGGGUGUUCUUUCUGGUCCUAUUAUGGGUAUAUUCAUGUUGGGCUUCUUUUUUCCAAGAGUGAAUGCUCGUGAUGCCUUGAUUGGAUUUUUAUGUGGUAUGGCAAUGGUAAUCUGGAUAUUUUUGGGUGCACAGUUUACUAAAAAUCAAAGAAAAAGUUCUCAAUUACCUCUUUUAACUGUCAAUUGUGUCAAUUUAACUAUAGCAAAUACUACGACAAUUGAAACAACUAUCGAGUAA